AUGAAAGAUAUCUAUUUGAGCUACACCAACGAAAACUUACAAGUUGCACAACACAUCAAGGAUGAUGUUGAGGCUACCUCAAACCUUACAGUUGCACUGGAAAAAGACGACUGGGAGGAGGAAGAAGGAGAAGGGUCGAGUUGCGAGUUCCAAGAGCAUCUAAUGGACGCCAAGAUGUGUUUGGUCCUAAACACGGAAUGUGGGAACAUCACGGCAUGGAUCAUGGAUCCUGAUAUCACUCAGAUUCAACAAGGUUUUACUCGAGCACGAGAUAUCGACCUUCCACCCCAAAUUGAUUUCUCAGAAUCCUACGAAAAGGGAAUCGAUAUAUUUCGAUACGUCCUGAAGGUUUUGACAGGAAGUGGUGAUAUUCAGAUGGAACCAGACCAUGAAAGAUAUGCAAUCCAAGAGGAACGGACAGUUUCCAGCGCAAGCAUACCUGCUGAUUCAAAGAAGAGCCCCAGCAGCAAACCACCAACUUCACCAGUCAAGAGGGCAGCCAGAGGCUUGAACCGCAUGAUGCGCAAGUUGAACACGAAACGAACUGUCCAAUAA